AUGAUAACACGAAAUCCAAUAAUAACAAGAAGAUGUCUAGCGACAACAUCAUCAUCAUCAAUAACAUCAACAACUCCUUCAAAAUUAAGACCAACUCCUGCUAAAAAAACAUCAAAAUCAGAAACUAGAAAAUAUGCAUUUUAUGAUUUAGUAUUAAGAACAUCAUCACAUCCACAACAUCCAAUAGAAUCAAAUUUAAUGACAAAUGAAGAAUUAAAAAAAUUAAAAAAACAUACAAAAACAAGAUUUGAAGGAAAUUAUAAAUUAGAUACUUCAAUAUCACCAGAAGAAAGAAUUAGAAGAGUAUUUGGAGGUAGAAUAAAGGGAGAAGAUAGAAAAUCAUCAAGUAGAAUAAUAAGAGGAGAAUCUAAAAUUAUAGGAGGAAUAAAUGUUCCUUCGAGGCCACCAGAACCAGAUAAUUGUUGUAUGAGUGGUUGUAUAAAUUGUGUAUGGGAAUUAUUUGAAGAAGAUUUAAAAGAUUGGAAUGAAAAAAGACAAAAAGCUGCUGCUCAAUUAAGAAGUAAUGGUGGUAGAUGGCCUGAAAAUUUUAAUCCUCCUUUAAAAUAUUUAAAUAAAGAAAAUUAUCCAAAAUCAAUGCAGAAUCAAACUCAAUUUAAAGAUGAAUUUAAAACUGAUGAAGAUGAAAGUUGGGGUGAUGUACCUGUUUCAAUUAGAGUAUUUACUGAAACUGAAAAAAGAUUAAAACAAAAACAUAAACAAUUACAACAAUCACAACAACAAUCCUAA